GUGAAUACCAGAAGUCGCAAGCAACUUUUCAAACAAGUUGUUCUUUUUGUUAUCCUCUUACUCAUUCGCAAAAGUUGCGUCCGCUGUAGUCGUGAUGUAAAAACGGAAAGGUGAAGUAAUCUGAUAUGUGACGUUGCAUAUGCUUCAGAGGAAGAAGUUGGACUUUUCUGCAAAGCUAUAAGACCAUGUUGAGCCAAGCCGGGGAAUACAUUGCUCUUUUUUUCAACUUCGCACUGGUUUUAUUUCACAUCGUUUAAGGAGAUAUCACUGAAGGCAGCUGAAGCCCCACUCGUGUGAUUUCUGUCCGUAAUGACAGCGAAAACGCUCAUCGCAAACAAACACUGGAGCGUGGCAAUAACCGCGACGCUUUUCUUCUGUUUUAUUUCAUCCUUUAGAGCAGAACAUCCAUCUUGCCAUGGGGCUUACGACCUUUACUUUGUUUUGGACCGAUCUGGAAGUGUUUCAAAUGACUGGGGUCAGAUCUAUGACUUUGUCAAAAAUCUUACAGACAGAUUUGUGAGUCCAAAUAUGAGAGUGUCCUUCAUAGUAUUUUCCGGAAAAGCAGAGGUCAUAUUACCACUUACUGGAGACAGAAACAAAAUUGGAGAUGGCCUGAGAAGGUUAAGUGAGGUCAAGCCAGCAGGUGAAACCUACAUGCAUUAUGGAAUGGAUGAGGCAACUAAACAAAUUAAGGAACAGGCUAAAAAAUCUUCUAGUAUCAUUGUGGCCUUGACUGAUGGAAAGCUUACACCAUAUAUCUAUGAACUUACUUGCAAAGCGGCUGAUGAAGCAAGGACAUUGGGGGCUCGUGUGUACUGUGUUGGUGUUUUGGACUUUGAUGAAAAACAGCUUGCCGAUGUGGCUGAUAGCAAAGAUCAAGUGUUCCCAGUCAAAGGAGGCUUUCAAGCUCUUAAAGGCAUCGUGAACUCGAUCCUCAAGCAAUCAUGCACGGAGAUACUAACAGUGGAGCCGUCCAGUGUCUGCGUGAACGAGUCCUUUAACAUUGUUGUGAGGGGGAACGGGUUCAGGCUGGGGAAACAAGUCCUCUGCAGUAUUAAAAUGGAUGGUGUUACUUACAGCGAAAAGUCAUACGAAGGGGAUGAUAACUAUGCGCAAUGUCGUGCUCCUGUGCUGUAUUCAUUGGGACAACAAAUGGAUGUUUCGAUCAGUUUGAACAAUGGUGUAUCAUAUUUGCCCAGCCUUUUCACCAUCACUGCCUCCUCAUGUUCAGACGGUACUGUUCUGGUCAUUGUGUUCCUGGUGUUACUCCUGCUGCUGGCUUUGGCUCUGAUGUGGUGGUUCUGGCCCCUCUGCUGCACUAUUGUUAUUACAGACCCACCUCCUAAAAGACCUCCUCCACCACCACCUGCGCCAGAGCCCAGUCCAACACCUAAGAAGAAGUGGCCGACCGUGGAUGCGUCUUACUAUGGUGGGCGAGGUGCUGGUGGAAUCAAACGAAUGGAGGUGCGUUGGGGAGAGAAAGGGUCCACAGAGGAGGGGGCAAGGCUAGAGUUGGCUAAGAAUGCAGUGGUGUCUAUACCAGAAGAGGCAGAAGAGCCUAUGAUCAAAAAGCCAAAAUCACCCCCACCCACAUAUCAACAGUCUGAAUCCAAAUGGUAUACUCCAAUCAGGGGCCGUCUUGAUGCACUGUGGGCACUUCUGCGGCGGCAAUAUGACCGAGUUUCACUCAUGAGACCCACAAAUGAGGACAAGGGAAAAUGUAUAAAUUUCAACAGGAUACAGCAUCAAUAGAUGACAGCCUCCAGUUCCUGAUUUCCAAACAACCCGACGGGACCGCAGAAAAAUUUAUUCUAGAGCACAUAGCUUGUUUUGACCACUUUCCUUCUUCAGAUGCCUAGUAUUGGCCUAACAAAACAUAAAUAGAUAAAAAGUGAGCUCUCUCCAGCUACUGAAUUGAGUCAUAAAAAUGGUCAGAUUUUCCUAUGGAUCUUGUAAUGCACAGCAAAAUAGCGUUUUUUUAUUUUGACCAUAUUGUGCCUUAUUGUGGAAAAAAAUACUAAUCUUAUGGACACAGGCGGAGGCUAUUUAAAAAAACAGCAGAAUAAGAUUGGGCUCUUUGCCGUUGGCUGGGAAGUAGAACUAAUCCCAGUAGUCUCACAGAGAGCAGAAGUACUUUGCCUCUUGGCAAUGUCUCUUCACAAAAAUCUCUCCAAGCCCACUAUCGUCGGAUGCCUAGCGGGGCUUCUUUGACUGGAGAUCUUGUCAUUUUAACGCCGAGAAAUGCACACGCGUGACAAAUUGUAGACAGUACGCCCUAAGGUACUGGAAGCAGUACGAUUUUGCCCUUUAGUUCAUGAAGACACCUUUAAAAUCAAUGCGAGAACAGAACAGAGAAAUUAAUAGAGCGUUAUUGCACCGCAAGACACCCUGUGACCAAAGUGCUCCGGCAAGGUUUUGAGGGACACAUUUCCCUCUGGUGGCUAAUGCCUCCUCCCCAUAUAUUUGGCAGUCUGUUCUGUGCUCACUAAUGCAAAGACCUUCACAAUUCAUAACCGUGCCCAUCAUUUAAAGAUUUUAGGACAUAAAAACACUUUUCUUAGCACCAGAUUUCCAGAAUUUUCUCUGGUAGCACUUUUGGCACAGGAAUAUCAAACUUGGAUUGAAGUAGUAGGUGCAGCUUGUGAAGUUUUCUGUCAGGGUUAUAUUAAGGUCUGCCAUGUAAUGACACACACUUGCAUCAAUAGAAAUUAAAGAAAGUUCUUCAUCUGUGCUAACAUAAUGUCCUCGUCCCAAGUGCUCGAAAGAUUAAACGGAAAGGGUCGACGGACGGAUAAGUAUUGUUCAUUUCCAGAAAUUAUGCUCAUUGCGCUCCCCCCUCCAUUGGCGCUCGGAAAAGCGAGCAAUAGAUAUAUUUAUUUCAGAUUUCUUCAACGCGCUGUCACGACGACGAUCGCGAGUGAUGUCAGCGCGAGUGGAAACACUGUGGGGGGAGGAAGAGGGCGGCAGCUGAAGAAAAAGGCUCGAACGAUCCAGUCACUUUCGAUACGCUACUUCAGAUGCAAAAUGGAUAUUCGAGUCGAAAUCUGACAAAGCGUGCCGGCUUUGACGGAAAGUGGUAUAGACAAUGACCAGUGGCUGGGUCAGUGGGAUGUCUCGGUGCAAGCAGGGAAGCUUAUCAAAUGACACUAAAAAUAAGUUCAACAACCAUCAAGUUUGAGGGGGGAACAGAAUCCGGGGUGGAGUGGCUUACAUUUGGUGGGUGUGCAAGAUGGCAGAACCAUUGGGGACACAAGAAAGCCCUGGUUAAAUUAUUUCUUUGUUGCGCUUGCUAUAAUUGUAGAGACAUUAAUUAUGGCCCUUGACACCCCCUCCCAACCUUAUCCCAAACAUUUUCAGGACAAAAUACAUUUAUGGAAAAAGUAAAACAUUGCAGUCAUUAUUUGAGUGGCACUUGAAAUUCACAUCUUGGAUAGCUAGGUGAGGGUAAUUUCCAACGUUAUUUUUUUUCUUUUUGCGAUCACAGGACAUCUGUUAAGUAUUACAUCUAAAUAUUAUUUGCUACACAGCGUAAUA